AUGGUUAGACGGCUUUCCAUACCACGAAUAGCCUCUUCCUCUCGAAAAUUGAACGCUACCGCCACAAAUACACGUUCCACGGCUUCAGUCCCUAUCUCAUCGUCUGGAAGAGCAGCUCGGAGCCGCAGACAUCCGUACCACAAUUACGCUCGGAAGCAGAAGCAGCCUGUUGGAGGUUCAAAGCUAUACGACGAAAUCGACGUGGAAAAUGGAUCCCCUUCACCUAGUGUCUCUGAGUCAGGCACUCAGCAGCAUCUCCAAAGCGGGGUCGUAGACAUCACCCAUGUAGGUGUGCCACUGGAAGGAAACACUCCAGGAGAGACGCCUCUUUCCCCUUCCAAGGACCCUGAAUUGUUUGACUUUCGCGGUUUGACAUGCUUCCCAGAGGAGAACAUCGUCGGCGGCAAUCCAAUUCCUUCACCACUCUACCCAUGGAACAUGGGGCCGAUGGCACAAUACCCACCCCAACCCUGCAAUAGUAGCUACAUUUCGACGUACCUUCCUUUCAUUCCCCCACCAGUUGACCUGUACCCAGGUCCUAUGUACCAUGAGUAUGGAGGUCCAUACUACCAGCCUCCACUCCCCUAUCCUGCACAAGUACAGCAAGUACAGGUACAGGAGUCGUUCGAGAACAUUGAUCCGGUAUUACGUCCACCGAUGGCUGAACAAUUUCAGGAGAUCCAAGGACCAGCGCCCCCUCAAUACAGCGAAGCUGUCCCAAACAAUUUUUACACGUAUCCAGUCAACCUCCCCACGGCCAACCUAGAGGAGAAAGUCGCAACAGCCAAGGCAAACAUCACCGAUAAAAACCCAUACGUCUUCAUAGUAAAGACUCCGGUCGAUGAAGGCGCCUACCCAUUCAUAGUAGAGACUCCGAAUGAUCACAAGCCUCGCGCUCGAAAAGAACGCCAAGUCAAAAAUCUGGGUUUCCGACAACAAGCUGGCACACGCGUAGAAGUUGGUAAGGUUCCAGGAAAGGUCAUCAGUGCCGCCUGGCUGUCGAAAGCCAUUGCCUGGAAGAAAAAUGGUUCUGCGAAGAAAAACCGCAAGCUUGUUGAGACCGUUCAUUUCGACGAACCUUGUGUCUACGAAGAGGCACCGGUACACGUCAAAAAGGAGGAUCUUCCAGAAAUACCCUGUCCUAUGGCUGGAUGCGACGAGUUGCUCCGAGGACGAGAGGAGUUGUUUAACCAUUUGAAGGACCCGACAGGACCUCACAAAAUCGUAGUUAACAACAGUGUGGGUCAGACCAAGGUACCGUGCAGAGCGGAAGACCCCUGCAACGUCCAUGUUAUUUCUGGAGGUAUGGCUAGGCACCUUGUUGAAGGCCAUAGCAGCGUCUGGUUCUAUUGCACGACAUGCAACAAAUGUUUGAUCCGUGAAGAUCAGAUGAAAGAGCACUUCAAGAAGGCCCAUCCAGGACAGCGGUUGCCGACCAAGUUCCGCGAAGUAUUGCAUCGACCUUACGAAGAAGACAGCGAAUGA